UAGUUACUCUAACAAUAUAGCCUAGGCUUAUCAGGGCAACCAACAAACUGCUAUGUAACUUACAAGAAGCAUAAAAUGUUUUGUAUUACUAUUGAAAUGACAGUUCGAAGUUCUCGCUAUUUGAAAACAAUUUGUAGUCAAUCAUUCUUUAAUAUUUUGUAAUUGUUAUUACGCUAAAGCAACUUAUUGAAAAUGGCUGAUGUAAGGUUAUUGAUACAAGAAGAAGGUCGGGCAGCUAGAAAUUUGAUAGCCUUUAAUGUACCAGUUGGAACAAAUAAUACAGAAAAAGUUACUAAAAAACCUCCUAGUGUUCCAAGAGUAUCACACGUAAAUACAACUAAAAGGUCAAUGAAACCAACUUCUAGAGUACGAUCAGCUUCUACUGGUCGAGACAAAAAAUCUGAAUUACAGGCAAGAUAUUGGGCUUUUUUAUUUGGCAAUUUACAAAGAGCAGUCGAUGGUAUUUAUCAGACUUGUGAAGAAGAUGAAAAUAUUUCCGAAUGCAAAGAAGUAAUACUUGUUUUAGAAAAUUAUACAAGAGAUUUUCAUAAUCUGAUUGAAUGGUUUAAAGUCAAAUGGGCAUAUGAGAAUUCACCACCACCAUUGAGACGUACUCCAUUAGCUUGGGAAGUUAGAAAAACAUCUCCUUGUCGUAUUUGGAAUUCAACAAUGAUUCCAAAAUCUUCUAGUCCUUUACAAAGAAUGAGUCCCACAGAAUCGCUUUGUCGAAGUCCUGUUGAUCAAAUUAUUUCAGAAAAUAAACCUAUCACUUUAGAUAACAAAAUUAAUCAGAUAAAAGGAGAGACAGUUCAUAAAUUGAUGAAAGAUAACAAAAACAAUAUUCCUAAAAAUAAUUUAUCAAACAUAAAUGAAAGAUGUAAAAGUUCAAUGGAUAAGGGAAUAAAUCAGUCGUUGAAUAAAGAUAAGCUGACUUCAGUAAAAAUUAACAAAGGUCUUGUAAAACAUACAGUGCCUGCAAAAACUGGCACCAAUACUACAAUAGAUCAGAAAUCAAAUGAAGUUUCCCCUCGAGAUGUAAAAAAUAAAAUAGAUAUUAAAAGUACAUCAAAACUUGUUAAAACUGAAGUUCAGAGUACCACCAAAAUAACAGAUUCUAAUGUAAUCAUGGAAAAGAAUGAACAAAUUAUUCACAAUGAUAAAAACGCUCAAUUAAAUACUUCUACAUCAGGAGAAAAAGAACAUUGUAAAUCUAAUAACAUAGAUAAUAAAUUGAAUUCUCAAAAUAAUUUCCAAGUUAAGCCUUUAGGUCCCAAGAAUGAUUUAGGGCUAGGAAAAAAUGAAAUUAAUGCUAAAGUAAGAAAACAAAGCAUGGGAAAGAAUAUUAAAUCUGUCGGUAUAGAAAAUGUAGUGACAGAGAACAAAAUAGCUGAUCCUAUCAACAUAGCAAAAGAUAAUAGUAGUGCUAUUGUAGUGCUUAAGAAUACACAAAAUAUUACAAAAGCUUCUAACAAAGUUAAUCAGAAAUUCAAAAGGCAGCCAAGUAUUAAUGACAGCACAAACAAUAAAAAUGUAACAAAACCUUUAUCUGACACAUCAUCCAGUAGUUUGAAUAAAGGUUCAGUCAAUGUAAAUAAACCAGCAUAUUCUACAGUGUCACAGAUGAAGAUUGUAAAACCAAAACAAUCAAAUCUUCCAGAAACUCCAAAAUUUAUUAGAAGUAAAACUACAUUGAGUGAAAAAAACGUGUCAACUUCAAAUAAAAUAAGACCUGGAACAUCUGUCAUAGUUCGACAACGGUUUCAACCACUUGAUAACAAGAUUUCAGAACAAAGUUUAUUAAAGAAAGAUCAGAAUAAAGAUCUAAAUGGUUCUGUAGAAGUAUUAACGAAGCAACCCACUGUUGUCAAAGCCAAGGAAGAAACCGAUGGUUGGCAAACGGUUCGUAGUCGUUACAGAAGAGGUAGUACUCACAAUUUAAAUAUGUCCACCAGAUUCCAUAAACCAAGUACUGCUACAUCAUUACCAGCUUUGUCAAUUGAAAGUCCCUCAGAAAAGAACAAGAAAAAUUGUUUGACCCCAGAUGGGAAUAACAAACAGAAAAAGAAGUGCAUUGUUGGGAAAGAAGGGAAAAAUAUAAGUAAUGAGGUAGAAAAGGUGAAAGGAGAAUCAGUUGUAAAUAUUACCAUUAAGGAUAAGGUAGAAGAAGUUUUCAAGAACACUAAUAAUUUAAAGGAAAUCAAUUCUACAUCAAUGAUAGCAGCUAUUUUUAAAAGUGAUGCAGAGUUACUCGAAAAACGUAUACAACAAUUUAUGGCUGCUCAGGCAGAAAGGGAAAGAAUUAUUUUGGAAGAGGAAAGAAAGACUGAAGAAGCUGAUUCGCAGCGGUCGCAACAGUUGUCAGAUGAAGAAGCAUCUUUGCAUAGACAGAUUUUGGAGUUAGAAUGUACUGAAACCGAUGUUGAUACAGAAACCGACGAAACAGAUGGCGAGAUGAUUCUCGAAAUGGAAGACGAUCGAGGAUCAUCCCCUAAUGCAAUACCUGAUGAUGUCAGCAUAGAAGAUAGAUAUGACCACGUGUUGGAUGGAAUGUCCUGGGCAGAUUGCGUGGAUACAAUUGCUCAGUUACGUGCAUUGGUGGCUCGUCAUCCUGGCAGAGCUUUAGAAUUGCACCAAAAGCUUUCAUCUCCAUCGCGCAAAAGAUCAUUACCGGAAACGUUAAGAAGGUACCACGCGAAACAAGCUUGUGCACAACAUAAACGUCAGAAGCUUUUAAUGGAGAAGUCGCAGAGGUUACGGGAAUUAUUGAACAAGGUAAAAGAUGUUAAAAGCGCGAAGAACCAAUUAAUAGAAGACAAGAGAAUCAGAAUGGAGAUGAAGUUGAAGAAGGCAGAAGAAAAUAGAACGCAGCAUUUAUUAGAAAUAGUAAGAAAGGCUCAUGACGAAGAUUCGAAAUUGAAAGAGAUUGCAUUUAUUAAUGAACUUGAAGCACAGAAUAAAAGACACGAUUUUAUGGCGUUAUGUCAAGAGCAAGAAGAGAGAUUACAAGGAAUUCAAGAAGAACGUCAGCGUCGACAAGAGGAGAAAGCUGCUAAAGAAGCUGCGGCUGAAGAACGUAGACGAGCUUUAGAAGCGGAAAGGCAGUUGCGUAUUCAAAAAAUGAAGCAGGCUCGUCGCGAACGCGAAGAACGAGUUGGUAAAAUGCAACUGGAAAGAGAAAAAGAACGACAGGAGAUUGCUAGAGAAAAAGCAAGGGAUCGAGAAGAACGAUUAUCAGCCCUUCAUGCAGCUCAGUUAGCAAAUCAAGAAGAACUACAAAAGAAGAUAGCACAAAAGCAACAAGAGUCGGCCAGACGACACGUUGAAAAUAUAGAACAUAUUAGGCAAAGAGCAGUUGAAUCCUCGAUUUUAAGGUCGGAAGAAGUUCCACCUAUGCUUAAAUCGUACCCUGCUCAGAAGCAGUGUUCCUUGUGCGGGACAAUUAUUUCCAAUGAAGUGUAUCUAUUAAGUCAUUUAAAAGGGAAAACACAUUUUGAAGCAGUGAAGAAUGCUCAUGACGGUCGCGAACCGUCUCGAGACGAAUUACAACGUUUCAAUAUAUUGCAGAUUCAUGAUUUACCGACCUCUGUGAUCGAUAAUAAUAAUUCGAACGAAGUCAAAGCCGCGAAAGAGAAACAAAAGGCUUUGAAACGCCGAUGUAGGAAAAUGAAACAACGUAUGAUUCUACGCGGCAAAGAGUGGGAAGAUACUCAUAAGACAGACGUAAAUCAAUCUGUCGAGUCAACUAACAAAGCAAAGUUUCGUCGAAAUUUGAAAGAAUUAGAUCGGUUGUAUAACAAUCAUUCUAAAACUGCGUGGUCAAGCGUUGCUAUUUCUGCCUUAGAACGUUGUUUGGGUGAAAUAACAAGAGCUUUCUCUAAAUCGUGUCCAUUUGAUCAGAAUGCCUUCCGUGUGUUGAAUGGAUUCGAUGUUUUAACAAAUCUGCUGAAUUUGGGAUUGCAAGCACAAAAUGUUUCCCAUAUUUUACCAAAUAAGAGCAUACUUUCAGUGUGUCGCGUGUAUAAACUUAGCGUCAACGAGAAUGACACUAAUAUAGAAGAAAUUUUAUCCAGCAAUAAAAUCAUGGUCAUUUUGGAUCUUCUACUUCAACAUUUAGAGAGUAUGACGAAACUCGAGGACCAUCUCCAGGUGCAGGAAGCAUCCGGUAAUUCGAUCGGAAAUGGAAUCGUAGCCAGCAGCCUGAUGCAACUGCUGUGCAGCUUUAUCCCAGAGGAACCCUUUGAGAAAUCGGCAUUGCAAACGCGGGUUCAGGAUAUUGCCGGAUACCUAGUAGCAGGUGGACUCGUAGAUCGGAUAUACCGACACAGUCGCGCUCUGAUCGAGACAGAUUUCUUCGUCGAUCAGGAUCACGAAUCACCAGUAUUGAUAUCCGCUUACGAUCUCCUCUUCCGCAUCUGUUGCCACCUGAAGAAGUCAACGGACCAAGAAAUCGGAAAUGUUCACGAGAACAAUAACAAUGUCGAGCAGACAAGCGUCGAAUCGCAUUUACUUUCGACGUUGUCUAUGACCGAAGCUGCUGGUGCGAUUGGUGCACUUUACGCUGCAGUUGCAUUGACGCCGCAGAAUCAGAAGGGGUCGUCUCCGACCCCUCAUCAGACCACCAUGUCACAGUCUACUAGGAUUUUGGUUGUUCGCAGUCUGAGGCUACUUAAAUCCAUCGCUGGGUUAAAUCUUCAGAAAUUACAGAACCUGCUAGGUGCAGAAGGCACCAGCUUACAAUGGCGACUGAUAGCUAGUCAUGUGAUAACUCGAUUAUCACGGGAUCCAAUAUCGCACAAGCCGGAAAUUGGAUCUGCGCAGAACACUAGUGGUACUUACAUCCUGUCAGAACUGUUCCAAGUUCUCGGCUAUUUUGCAGUUAAUAAUCCGGAAAAUCAGUUGGUACUUCAGUCGGCUGGAGCUGGACCGAGUGUUCUUCAGCAACUGUGUACUUUACCGUUUCCAUUUUAUGGCGCUCCAGGAUUAACAUCCUACAUUUUCCCAACGCUUUUGACGGCGACGCAUCAAAAUCCAGAGGCGACGGCGAUUCUUUCUUGCGAAUUGUCCUAUCAGCUACUAGAAGAAUACAAGAAUUCAGACGAGGGUAAGCUGAAUCCUUUAGUCCGUCUGCUGAAGGACUAGUCCUUAAUCUCUGGCAAGAUCCAAUUAGUUUUUUUCGAGUCCCUUCGAGAUUUUCUCCAUGAACGUUGAUCGGAGGACCACCCGUUAUAUUCCGUUCAAAAAUAGCCAAGGAACGACGGCAAAAUUGUUGUUAGGUACGUCCAUCAUCGAUUGAAAGAUCAAUAUAAUGUCUCGAGGCUGGCACUCGACGAUUAAUUUAUAUCGAAUGCAACAAUUCCGGAUAGAGAUACGAGAAAUCAUUUUUCGUUUUUUUGCCGUGUUUCCAUCGGUAACUGAUCAGUCGAAGGGUUUUUUACAGAAAGCAGUAAUUAUAGGGAGAGAGAACUCGAGUGCAGCUUUUUCCGAUGCACUCUGAGUGCUACGCGUUUAAUUACUAUUCCUCUCGCGAGAGCUGAAGCUGCUGUUAACGAUCGCUCGAUUAGAUAUUCAUGAAUUAUCGCUGAUCGCGUUAAGAUAUUCCCCAGCCGAUAUGUAUGAGAACAUUUUAACACGUACAGUGGCGGGUAUCGAUGAUUUAUGAGGUGAAAUUUAUGGUGUUGGGGGAAGGGGGUUUGCUUGCUUUUUGGGUAAUUGGGUAAUUUACGAAUUUAUAUUUUUGUGGUUUUAGAGAUUUAUUGGCGGGAAAAUUUCAAGUUUUUGGA